AUGUACCAUGGAAGAAAAAAUAAUGUUGUUGAGUGUGAAGGAUGUAAUAAACUUAUUAAAUCAGAGACUCGGUGGUGUAAACAUUGCAAUAGCAAACAUUUUAAGGCCGAGUUCUCAAAUUGGACAAGUGACAACGCAGCCAUCGACAAAUUUAUCCAAAAAUCUCAGCUAGCCGCUGAGCGACACGAACACGUAUUAGAAUGGGUUGACUAUACUAAAUUUACGUUUCUAAGAAAGGUGGACUUCUCAAUAAACAAAGAAGCUUAUUGGGAGGAUGGAUAUGCGAUAAAUUGGAAUUCGGAAUUAAAUAAAUGGAAUCGGUCUGGUAGGCAGCGGGUUAAAUUGAUAACCAAUUAUUGCGAAAAAUAUUUGAUUUCAAGUUUUCUUAAAUCGGAGCUAGAAUUGGUAAAAUCUAAUUCAUCAAAGCGUCUAAUUUAUGGAUUAACGCGUGAUCCUGAGUCAAUGAAUUAUGCAGUGAUAGAAAAAUUAGUAGAACUGUGUCCUUCUUGUAAUAAAAAAUGGAUGUCUCCACGUUGGUGCAGAGGCUGUUAUUCUAAUCGUUUUAAGUCGGAACGCUCGAAUUGGACAAGUGGAAAUUCUGAUAUUGAUGAAUUCAUUUACAAAACACAAAUUACUGCUGAGUUUCCCGAACAAGUCUUAGAAUGGAUCCCGGAAACUAGACUUUCAGAAUUAAAUCAGAUAGGACGAGGUGGAUAUGGCACUGUUUUUAAGUCAUACUCAAAAGUAGGACGUAUCCGUAAAUGGAACCCUAAGGCAAAUAAAUGGGAUCGAGAUGAGCCAAUGUGGGUUGCACUAAAAUAUAUAACAGAAGAAGAAAAUAGUAUUACAGAGUUUUUAAAAGAGGUCAACGCUCUUCAUGAAUGUUUGAAGAUUAAUCUGUAUUCCUUAGAUUGCUAUGGAAUUACACGACAUCCAGAAACAAAAAAAUAUUUAAUUGCUAUGAGAUUUGUAGAGGAAGGUGAUUUAAGAGCUUAUUUAUCCUCUAAUUUUGCAAAUAGCACUUGGGUAGAUCGUCUCGAUAGACUCUGGAGUUUUGCGAUUGAUCUUCGUAGCUUACACGCAGCAAAUCUUGUGCACAGAGACCUACACGCCGGGAAUAUGCUUUUUGGAAAGAACAGGCGUAACUUCAUUUCCGAUCUCGGACUAGCAUGUGAAGAUGGUCAAACUAUGAAAGAUUUAGUUUACGAUAUUUACUGUGGUUUAAGACCACCAGUAAUUAAAGGGACUCCGGAAAGCUAUGUUCAAUUAAUGAUGCAAUGUUGGGAUCCUGAUCCAGAAAAACGUCCUACAGCUCACAUUUUAGCCGAAACUUUGGAACAAUGGAUCUUAAUUAUUUCUAAAGAUGCAUCAGAGAAUCUUACAGAUAAUGAAAUUAAGAUUAGGAAUCAAUUUAAGUUGGCUGAGGAAGAAAGAAAAAAAAAUCCAUUUCCAGUUGUACCAUAUUUUGAAUUAAAAACUCAUCCGUUGGCGCAUUAUACUAGCCGGGUUAUUUCGAGAAUUACCGCAUCCCGGCAAUUUGACCGAAUCAAAUAG